AUGCCGCGUGCGCGGCUGUCUUCUGGCAAUGCCGCCUCUGUACUGAAGGCUGCGCCCCUGUCGACGUCCGCUGCCCGUCGCCAGGCGACGCCUGCGCCGCAGCCACCCAAGAUGGUCAAGCUGUCGAUCAACGGCAAGGACGUCGAGGUCGAGCAGGGAACUGCGAUCAUCCAGGCCUGUGAGAAGGCGGGUGCUCAGAUCCCCCGCUUUUGCUACCACGAGCGUCUCAAUGUCGCCGGCAACUGCCGCAUGUGCCUUGUCGAGAGCAAGGGCGCCCCCAAGCCGCUCGCCUCGUGUGCCUUCCCCGCGAUGCCCGGCCAGCAGAUCUUUACCGACACGCCGCUCGUGGCCAAGGCGCGCGAGGGCGUGAUGGAGUUCCUGCUCCAGAACCACCCCCUCGACUGCCCUAUUUGCGACUGGGGCGGUGAGUGCGAUCUGCAGGACCAGGCGAUGCGCUACGGUGGCGACCGCUCGCGCUUCCACGAGGUCGCCGGCAAGCGCGCCGUCGAGGACAAGUACUUUGGCCCGCUCGUCAAGACGGUCAUGACGCGCUGCAUUCAGUGCACCCGCUGUGUGCGUUACGCCAACGAGGUCGCUGGUGUGCAGGACCUCGGCACCACGGGCCGUGGCAACCAGAUGCAGAUCGGCAUGUACGUCGAAAAGAUGCUCGACUCGGAGAUGUCGGGCAACAUUGUCGACCUGUGCCCCGUCGGUGCGCUCACGUCGCGCCCCCAGGCGUUCCAGGCGCGCCCGUGGGAGCUCAAGAAGGUCGAGUCGGUCGACGUCCUCGAUGCGGUCGGCUGCAACAUCCGUGUCGACGCGCGCGACCUGCAGGUCAUUCGCGUGCUCCCCCGCACCAACGACGAUGUGAACGAGGAGUGGAUUAACGACAAGACGCGCUACGCCGUCGACGGUCUCAAGUACCAGCGCCUGACCGUCCCCCUGAUCCGCCAGGGCGACCGCUUCGUGCCUGCGUCGUGGCCCGAGGCGAUGCACACCAUCGCCGAGGGUCUCAAGGCGAGUGGCGCGCAAGGCAACGAGAUCCAGGGUGUGGCGGGCGGCCUGGCCGACGCCGAAUCGAUGGUCGCGCUCAAGGACCUCGUGAACAAGCUCGGCUCGGAGAAUGUGGUCACGGACGAGCCCCGCGGCGAGGCCGCGCCGGUGAACGGCGUCGACGUUCGCGCGAACUACACGUUCAACUCGCAGAUCACGGGCCUGGACGAGGCCGACUAUGUGAUCCUUAUCGGCACGAACCCCCGCCACGAGGCGACGAUCAUUAACGCGCGCCUGCGCAAGAACUACCUGCGCCGCUUCCAGGACAUUGCGCUGAUCGGCGAGAAGGUCGACCUGACCUACGAGUACGACCACCUCGGCACCGACGCGCAGGCCGUUGCGGACCUUGCCGCGGGCCGUGGCGCGGGCGCCGAGCGCCUGCAGGCCGCCGAGAAGCCGAUGGUGAUUGUCGGCAGCGGCGUCGCGGACCACCCCGACGGCGCGGCGAUCCUCAAGAACGUCGCACAGCUCGUCGAGGCCAACGCCGGCAAGCUGCUCACGCCCGAGUGGAACGGCUUCAACUUCCUCCAGCGCUCCGCCUCGCGUGUUGCCGCGCGCGAUAUCGGCUACAGCGGCCGCCCCGAGACGGAGAAGGUGCAGCCCAAGUUUAUGUAUUUGCUCAACGCCGACGACAUCACUGCGCAAAAGAUCCCCCAGGACGCGUUCGUGGUGUACCAGGGCCACCACGGCGACGUUGGCGCGCAGUUCGCAGACGUCUGCCUGCCGGGUCUUGCAUACACGGAGAAGAGCGCGACCUACGUCAACACCGAGGGCCGCGCGCAGCUGACGCGCGCCGCAGUGAGUGGCGCGGGCGCCGCACGCGAGGACUGGAAGAUUGUCCGCGCGCUCUCCGAGGUGGUCGGCGUCCCGCUGCCGUACGACGACACGAUGGGUGUGCGCCACCGCAUGUUUGAUAUCUCGCCGACGCUCGUGCGCUACGACGCGGUGGAGCCGACCUCGAGCACCACCGCCACACUCGGCCUGCAGCAGCUCGCUGCGGCGCCUGCGCAGGCGACCGGCACCCCGCUCCUGCGGCCGAUCGACAACUUCUACCAGACGGACCCUGUGUCGCGCGCCUCGCCCACCAUGGCCAAGUGCGUCCAGGCGUUUGUGCUCAAGACCCCGUCGGAGAAGCACGAAUUUGCCCAGGCCGCGGCAACCCCCGAUCCGUAA